AUGAGCGCGGAGAUUUCGAAUGGGCCCCCACCAGAGCUUCGACAAGGAAGCCCAAGACCGCCCUUAUUGAGGACCACCACCACCGGUGCUCUCAUACCACUCCUCCAGGCCAAGAAGAACACUGUCCUGAAGUCACACGGUAGACCCCCAUGGUACGGUGAAGACGGUACUCGGAUAUGCGAUGCGUUCGUCAUCGGUAUAGCUGGUGGGUCGGCCAGCGGCAAGACCCAUGUUGCCCGCCGCAUCGUCCAAUCGCUCGGGUCUAUUCCAACUGUUAUUAUUCUGUCCCAAGACAGCUUUUACAGGCGCCAUACCCCAGAAGAAUUAGCGCUUGCUCAUGCCAGCCUAUUUGACUUCGACCAUCCAGAUGCUAUAGACAUGCCGCUAUUUGCCUCCGUGUUUCGUCUCCGGCGUCCGCUCUUCCAUUGGAAUUCUGCUCUACGUGUGGAUGAGACCAAGUAUCUCUAUGGCGCUGCCAUCAUUAUAGCUGAAGGAAUUAUGGCACUACAUGAUCCGGCACUUAGAGCUCUAUACGAUUUGAAGAUAUUUGUUCAAUGCGAUUCAGACCUCAUGCUCGCUCGCCGGAUCAGACGGGACGUGAAGGAACGCGGCAGAAGCGUAGAAGGCAUCCUAGACCAGUAUCUACGAUAUGUCAAGCCCUCGUACGACAACUUUGUGCUUCCCACCUCAAGAUAUGCCAAUAUCAUAGUGCCCGGAUCGGACAAUGCAGUUGCCAUUGAGCUCAUUUCUACACAUGUCCGAAAACAGCUCGAUGAACGCGCAACUCAGCUGCGACAACACCUAGCCAUCGGUGGGCCUCGUGACCUUCCCCUACGCAGUGCAACGUCAGAUCCUGGUAAGGAGUGCUUGGACGUGAACCUUCUCCCGCAGACACGUCAAUUGAAGGGUAUCUUCACUAUCUUGCGGGAUGUUGCCACCAGCCGAGGCGACUUCAUUUUCUUCGCUGAUCGAUUGUCCACGACUUUGUGCGAGCGAGCGACUGAGCUUCUGCCAUAUAAAGGCAAGACCGUGACUACUCCCCUUGAAGUGCCUUCGCAUGGAAAGGAGCUGGACGCUACAUACAUUUGCGGAGUGUCCAUUCUACGGUCAGGUGGUCCCUUGGAACGCGGGCUGCGUAGAGUCAUCAACGACAUUCCUAUGGGUUCUCUACUGAUCCAAUCAGAGGCAGUUUCAGGCGAACCGCUUCUCCUCCACUUACUGCUACCUGUGUGCAUUCGUGACAGAAGCCUUGCUGUAGACACCUGGGUAUUCCUGUUGGAUGCUCAGAUCGGGACGGGUGCAGCCGCCUUCAUGGCUAUCCGCAUAUUGCUAGAUCACGGUGUCCGCCAGGAUCACAUCAUUUUUGUGACCUUCUUGGUCGCGCGAUGUGGCGGCAUAUACGGCCUGCAACACGCGUUCCCUCAUGUCAGGAUUGUAUGUGGUGCCGUUGAUGAUGGCUUGCGUGAAAUGUGGUUGGAAGCUUUGGAUGACGGAGACGACCAUCACGAUACGGAGGGGCGGAAGGUGUGGGUCGUCGAACCGGGUAUGGGACACAUAGGUGAUCGUUACUACCUGUAA